AUGUAUUACGUGUGGAGAUCUGUUAGAAAUUAUAGACAUAAGAAGUCACAACUGGCGGCGCUCACAUCCAAGCCCUCCAGUUCCCAUCUAUACUCGGGAGUGAAAGCCUCGCAGACCAUCGAGUUUGUGGUGCCGACCAUUACACUCAAGUGUACGGAACCGUCGUUUUCGGUGACCGAGGAGUCCGACUCCGAUUGUUUGAUGCAAUUCCCGUACAAUCCGUUGAAUCGCAAACGAAACUCCAAUAUUCAGAUCAAUGAAAACGAAAUCAGCAAAAGUCUGUACGAAGAGCUGCCCGCAAAACCAGAGGACAGACCCGAAAUCAAUUUCGUUCUUCACUAUAGUUUCGUUAGACAACAACUGCUUGUCACACUAUUAUCAGCCAGGAAUUUGUGGCAAAAGCGAAAUCACGUGAAUCCGAUGGCAAAAGUGGUUCUCUUACCCGAAAAGAAUCCUAAAUUCAUUACAAAAGUUCAGAAAAAUACAGCAAAUCCUGUAUUCAAUGAACUCUUCAUAUUUCAAGCCAUAAGAAACACAUUAGACGACAGGGUAUUGAAGAUAACAGUGUAUAACGCGGACUCAUUUUCCCGAAGACAUGUCAUCGGAAGGACUUUAUUUCCUCUAAAAACGGCUGACAUUCACAGUCGCAUCAGUAAAGACAUAAUGACUGAAGACAUCAGUUGUCUGCUUAUAAAUAGUCGUCCAUCGGGUGAACUUCUCCUAUCCCUCGCAUAUGACACCAACUCUUCGACACUAACUUUGGGUACUCUAAAGGUUAGGAAUAUAUUCGACAAAGAAAUUGAGACAAUUUAUAUGAAAAUUGUUUUGUUUGACAAACGAAAGCGCAUAAGAAGUCGAAAGACUAUUAACCGAAAAGUUGAGUCAGAAAUUGAAUUCAAUGACACUUUUCAUGUAAAUGCCACCAAAGAAGCGCUCAAUGAUGUAAUUAUCAGUAUCGCUGUCUACGGCAAGUCUCACACAUACGUCAAUAAACACCUGUUAGGCCGCACACAUGUGGGACAGUCGUGUCCAUCACCGCAGGGACGACAGCACUGGACGGAAAUGUGCGCUAAUCUUACUGACCCUAUCAAUCAAUGGCAUAUAUUUUCAUAAGUUUCACCGUUUGCUUGAACUAAAAAAAUAUUAAUACGUUUACAAACAGUUUAAUUUUGUUAAGUUUUGAGAUUUUAUUUAUCGCACCAAUUUUACAUCAAAUAAAUAAUGUGUUUUUUAAUUGUUUU